AUGGCAGCAGAAGAGACUACCGUGGAUGUGAAUACAAAGCUUUCGGAUUUGACCGAUCGACAAAUCUUGGAAUUGACACAAGGAAUCAAAGAUCAAGAAUCAAAAUCAAAACCAUUAGUUUCAAAGCUCGAAUCACUCGAGAUCUUACAGAACGAAUAUGAACAAUCCACACCCAACGAUUCUUCUAUCAUGAAUUAUGUUAAAAAGAUACGUUGGUUGAAAAAUGAAAGAUGGACAUCUUUUCGUAGAUUAAGAGGUGAUGGGAAUUGUUUUUAUAGAGCUUUUGGUUAUGGAUUGUGUGAAAGACUUUUGGUUUCUGAAGGUGAUUCGGUUUUGGGUGCGGUUUUGAGGAGUGAAAGUGAUUCGGUUGGAAGUGAAGUUAAUCAGAAUCGUGCUAAAGAUAUGGUAUCAAGAUUUGAAGGUUUACUUCCAUUGCUAGAUCAAGCUGGUUAUGAAAAGAUUAUUUAUGAAGAUUUUUGGGAACCAUUUCAAAGCAUUUUAACAUCAAUCUCAGAAGGAAAAAUCAACAAAAUCGAACAACUUUUAACCGCAUUUAAUGAUCAAGAAACCUGUGCUAAUAUUAUCAUCUUCUUGAGACUUUUAACUUCUGCUUAUCUUAAAGCUCAUGAGGAUGAUUUUGCACCAUUUCUACUUAGUUUUGAAGAAGAUUAUGAAAGGUUUCCAGCUGGUGCACCAAGUCUGAUUGAAUUCUGUCAAUUUUAUGUUGAAGCUGUAGAUAAAGAUGCAGAUCAUCUUUCGAUCACAGCUCUUACAAGAUGUUUAAAAGUAGAUUUAUCAAUUGCUUAUCUAGAUCUCUCAGCCAGUCAUUUUGGUCAUGUGAAUGAUACGAGUUCAAAUGAUUUGAAACUUCUUCCAGUUGAUUUUCAUCGGUUUGAAACUCAAGGUGUUGAAGUAAAAGAUUCAUGGACUGAUGUUGCCUUACUAUAUCGGUAG